AGAAGCGCAUGCGCAGUUGCAUUUUCCCAAUCCUCUUUGCGGCCCCGGAAGUCUGCCUGCCGCUCCAUGUGGACAAGAAUUAAAUAACCCCUCUGAUUAAAUCCGUGGUGUGGUUCAUCAUGAUAACUCCAGCAUUUGAAUUGAGCCAAGAUCCAGAUUUCCUUACUAUAACAAUCAGUGUGCCUUAUGCAAGAGUUUCUGAAUUUGAUGUCUACUUUGAAGGAUCAGAUUUCAAAUUUUAUGCUAAACCUUAUUUUCUCAGGUUAACUCUUCCUGGAAGGAUUGUGGAAAAUGGAAGAGAGGCAGCAUCCUAUGAUGCAGAUAAAGGAGUUUUUACAGUUCGAAUGCCCAAAGAGACUCCUGCCCAGCAUUUUGAAGGACUCAAUAUGCUGACAGCACUUCUGGCACCAAAGAAAUCCAGGUCUGCAAAACCUCUUGUGGAGGAGAUAGGCACUCCUGAGCUUUCUGAGCAAGAGCAGGAAGAAGAAUUGGAUUGGGAAAUUGAACAGAUUCCCUAUGAAGCAGCUACAAAGAACACUUUAAAUACACAGUGUCAGUAUGGAUUUGGAAAUUUACGAUGGGGAGUGUUUCAACGACUUCAGCUAUUAAGCAGAAGAAGGAAAAACCUCACCACAUGGAAAUACAUCUGGCAGUGUUCACAGCUGGAUGAACUGAAUGAUGUUGUUGACGUUAAAAAUCCUGACUUAACUCCUGUCACUGAACGCAGACAGAAACGCUUGGCUGCAGAAGAGGCCAAGUUUGAUCCCGAUCAUUACUUAGCUGAUUUUUUUGAAGAUGAAGCAAUUCAGGGUUUGUUGAAGUAUAAGGCCUGGUGGACCAAUCUUUACGCAAAAAGGAUGGCUUCCGUGGAAGAGAGUCAGGAGCCUGGUAAUCAAACUGAAUUAGUUUCUUUUUCUGAAGAGGAGAAAUAUCAGUUGAGAAACUUCACAAAUAAAUCUUAUCUGUUGGAUAAGGGAGCACAUCAUCAAGUAUACCUUAGUUUGGUUGACAUUCUUUUGGCAUAUUCCUAUGAAAUGUGUGUAACUGAAGGAGAGAAGAAUGUUGAAUCCUCAUGGAACAUCAGAAAACUGAGUUCAACAUUGAGUUGGCUUGAGAGUUGGACUAGUGUUCACGAUGUCCUCAUUGCCUUUGGAAGAAGAGUUCUAUGUUAUCCACUUUACCGACAUUUCAAGCUAGUGACCAAGGCCCAGAGGGAUACGAUCCAGAUACUGCAGCUAGGUAAAAGUGCCAUCUUAAAGUGUCUCUUGGACAUUCACAAGAUUUUUCGAGAAAAUGAUCCUGCAUAUAUUCUCAAUGACCUUUAUAUCUCAGACUACUGUAUUUGGAUUCAGAAAGCCAAGCAAAAAAAAUUGGCAGCUCUUGCUGAAUCUUUGCAGAAAGUCCAGAUUGCCAAGGCCCAUCUGAAGUUUGAACUAGAAGAACUGGAAACAGCAGCGCUCCUGGUGCAAGAGGAGGAAACUGCACUGAAAGCAGCAAGCUCAGUUUCCCGACAAACCCACCUCAGACUCGGAUUUGGAGAGAUCAAGUAGGACUUCACUCUCUGAGACGGAAGAAUCCGAUUCGGAUGAAUCGGAGGCCUCGGAUUUUGAGGAAGUAAAUGAUUUGUCAAGUGAAUUGUUUAAAGAGAGGAUGGUCCAGGACAGUGACAAUUUGACUUUAGAUGGUGUUCAAGAGAAAGCAUUCACUUCACAGUCCAGGAAUGUUCCUUGCGCUCUGAUAGAGGAGUUGAAAAAUCAAAUACAGACUGGAAUUAAGCUCUCUGAGCCACCUGAGUGUUUGACAGGAAACAACAGUGCUACAGAGAAUGAGUAAGCAGUUCUAACAUCUAAAAAACAUAGCCUAAUCAAAAAGGAAUUUGUCCUGACAUGUUGAAAGUGAGAAUUUUUUUCUCUUAACAAAUAAAAACAGCUUUAAUUUGUA